GCCGCGGUCGGAGCCAUUUCGCCGCUGCCUGGGUGCAAGGGGCCGCGUGCUUUUUAGCGGUCUCUGAGGGAGGCCGGAGACGCAGACGGUCUUAAGAGGGCCGUGCUCUCGGGCACCGGGAAGCGGAGGCUGGUCCAAAGAAGACUUUUGAAUCAUGGGUGACGUUAAAAAUUUUCUGUAUGCCUGGUGUGGCAAAAGGAAGAUGACUCCAUCGUAUGAAAUUAGAGCAGUAGGGAACAAAAACAGGCAGAAAUUCAUGUGUGAGGUUCGGGUAGAAGGAUAUAAUUACACGGGCAUGGGCAACUCCACCAAUAAAAAAGAUGCACAGAGCAAUGCUGCCAGAGACUUUGUUAACUAUUUGGUUCGAAUAAAUGAAGUAAAGAGUGAAGAAGUCCCAGCUAUGGGGAUUGCUCCUCCUCCACCUACAGUUACUGCUGAGACAUCUGACACCACCACAACAAGUACUGGAGGAGAUUUGCCAACAACCAUGGGAGGACCUCUUCCUCCACAUUUGGCUCUCAAGGCAGCAGAAAAUAAUUCUGGAGGAGCAUCUGGCUAUGGUGCUCCUGUACCCACCUGGGACCGGGGAGCCAACUUGAAAGAUUACUACUCAAGAAAGGAGGAACAAGAAGUACAAGCGACUCUAGAGUCAGAAGAAGUAGAUUUAAAUGCUGGACUUCAUGGAAACUGGACCUUGGAAAAUGCUAAGGCUCGUCUGAACCAGUAUUUCCAGAAAGAAAAGAUCCAAGGAGAAUAUAAAUACACCCAAGUGGGUCCCGAUCACAACAGGAGCUUUAUUGCAGAAAUGACCAUUUAUAUCAAGCAGCUGGGCAGAAGGAUUUUUGCACGUGAACACGGAUCAAAUAAGAAAUUGGCAGCACAAUCCUGUGCCCUAUCACUUGUCCGACAGCUGUAUCAUCUUGGAGUGAUUGAAGCUUACUCUGGACUUACAAAGAAGAAAGAAGGAGAGACAGUGGAGCCUUAUAGAGUUAACAUCUCUCAAGAUUUAGAGCAUCAACUGCAAAAUGUGAUCCAAGAGCUAAACCUUGAAAUAGUGCCCCCACCUAUUGAUCCUUCUAUGCCAGUUAUGCUCAACAUUGGAAAAUUGGCUCACUUUGAACCUUCUCAGCGUCAAAAUCAAGUGGGUGUGGUUCCUUGGUCACCUCCACAAUCCAACUGGAAUCCUUGGACUAGUAGCAACAUUGAUGAGGGUCCCCUGGCUUACGCUACUCCAGAACAAAUAAGCUUGGAUCUGAAGAAUGAAUUAAUGUACCAGCUGGAACAGGAUCAUGAUUUGCAAGCAGUCUUGCAGGAGAGAGAAUUACUUCCUGUGAAGAAAUUUGAAAGUGAAAUUCUGGAAGCAAUUAGUCAAAAUUCAGUUGUCAUUAUCCGAGGGGCUACUGGAUGUGGUAAAACUACACAGGUUCCACAGUUCAUUCUGGAUGACUUUAUCCAGAAUGACCGAGCAGCAGAGUGUAAUAUCGUAGUAACUCAACCCAGGAGAAUCAGUGCAGUUUCUGUGGCAGAGCGAGUUGCAUAUGAGAGAGGAGAAGAGCCUGGAAAAAGCUGUGGCUAUAGUGUUCGAUUUGAGUCUAUACUUCCCCGUCCUCAUGCCAGUAUAAUGUUUUGUACUGUAGGUGUGCUUCUCAGAAAGUUAGAAGCAGGCAUUCGAGGAAUCAGUCAUGUAAUUGUAGACGAAAUACACGAACGAGACAUUAAUACUGACUUCCUUUUGGUAGUAUUGCGUGAUGUGGUUUUGGCUUAUCCUGAAGUUCGCAUUGUUCUUAUGUCUGCUACUAUUGAUACCAGCAUGUUCUGUGAAUAUUUCUUCAAUUGCCCCAUAAUUGAAGUUUAUGGGAGGACUUACCCAGUUCAAGAAUAUUUUCUGGAAGAUUGUAUUCAGAUGACCCAGUUUGUUCCUCCACCAAAGGACAAGAAAAAGAAGGACAAGGAGGAUGAUGGUGGUGAGGAUGAUGAUGCAAACUGCAACCUGAUCUGUGGUGAUGAAUAUGGUCCAGAAACAAAAAUGAGCAUGUCUCAGUUGAAUGAAAAGGAAACUCCUUUUGAACUCAUUGAAGCUCUUCUUAAGUACAUUGAAACCCUUAAUGUUCCUGGCGCUGUGCUGGUUUUUUUACCUGGCUGGAAUUUGAUUUAUACUAUGCAAAAGCAUUUGGAAAUGAAUCCACAUUUUGGAACUCAUAGGUAUCAGAUUCUACCUCUGCACUCUCAGAUACCUCGAGAGGAACAGCGCAAAGUAUUUGAUCCUGUACCAGUUGGUGUAACCAAGGUCAUUUUGUCCACAAAUAUUGCUGAGACAAGCAUUACUAUUAAUGAUGUUGUUUAUGUUAUUGACUCUUGCAAGCAGAAAGUGAAACUCUUCACUGCUCACAACAAUAUGACCAACUAUGCUACAGUAUGGGCAUCCAAAACAAACCUUGAACAACGGAAAGGCCGAGCUGGCCGGGUACGGCCUGGAUUCUGUUUUCACCUCUGUAGUCGAGCUCGAUUUGAGAGACUUGAAACCCACAUGACACCAGAGAUGUUCCGAACACCAUUGCAUGAAAUUGCUUUGAGCAUAAAACUUCUGCGUCUAGGAGGAAUUGGCCAAUUCCUGGCAAAGGCAAUUGAACCUCCGCCUUUGGAUGCUGUGAUUGAAGCAGAGCACACUCUUAGAGAGCUUGAUGCAUUGGAUGUCAAUGAUGAGUUGACUCCUUUGGGACGAAUCCUGGCUAAGCUCCCCAUUGAGCCUCGCUUUGGCAAAAUGAUGAUAAUGGGGUGUAUUUUCUAUGUGGGCGAUGCUGUGUGUACCAUCUCUGCAGCCACCUGCUUUCCUGAGCCUUUCAUUAGUGAGGGGAAGCGCCUAGGCUAUAUCCAUCGGAACUUUGCUGGAAACAGAUUUUCUGAUCAUGUGGCCCUUUUGUCAGUGUUCCAAGCCUGGGAUGAUGCGAGAAUGAGUGGAGAAGAAGCAGAGAUACGGUUUUGUGAACACAAACGUCUCAAUAUGGCUACACUGAGAAUGACUUGGGAAGCUAAAGUUCAGCUUAAAGAAAUUCUGAUUAAUUCUGGAUUUCCAGAAGAUUGUUUGUUGACACAAGUUUUUACUAACACUGGACCAGAUAAUAAUUUGGAUGUUGUUAUUUCUCUCCUGGCCUUUGGCGUGUACCCUAACGUAUGCUAUCAUAAGGAAAAGAGAAAGAUUCUUACUACUGAAGGGCGUAAUGCACUCAUCCACAAAUCUUCGGUUAAUUGUCCUUUUAGUAGCCAAGACAUGAAGUACCCUUCUCCAUUCUUUGUAUUUGGUGAAAAAAUUCGAACCCGAGCCAUUUCUGCUAAAGGCAUGACCUUAGUCACCCCCUUGCAGUUGCUUCUCUUUGCUUCUAAGAGAGUCCAGUCUGAUGGGCAGAUUGUGUUUGUAGAUGACUGGAUCAGGCUGCAAAUAUCCCAUGAAGCUGCUGCCUGCAUCACUGCCCUCCGGGCAGCAAUGGAAGCUCUGGUUGUUGAAGUAAGCAAACAACCUAAUAUCAUCAGCCAGUUGGACCCUGUAAAUGAACAUAUGCUUAACAUGAUUCGCCAGAUCUCUAGGCCAUCAGCUGCCGGUAUAAACCUUAUGAUUGGCAGUGCACGGUAUGGAGAUGGUCCACGUCCUCCCAAGAUGGCCCGAUAUGAUAAUGGCAGUGGAUAUAGAAGGGGAGUUUCUGGAUAUGGUGGUGGAGGCUAUGGCACUGGAGGCUAUGGUAGUGGCUAUAGCAGUGGAGGUUUUGGUGGCGGAGGCUAUGGAGGUGGUGGAGGUGGCGGUGGUGGUGGCGGCUAUGGAGCAGGUGGAGGCUAUGGUGGAGGCUCCAACUCCUAUCGAGGAGGAUACGGUGGAGGUGGUGGUGGUGGUUACAGAGGAGGUUUCCGAGGAGGUUUUAGGGGAAACUUUGGUGGAGACUACAGAGGAUCUGGAGGAGACUACAGAGGAUCUGGUGGAGACUAUAGAGGAUCUGGUGGAGACUACAGAGGAUGUGGUGGAGAUUAUAGAGGAUCUGGUGGAGGGGGCUACAGAGGAUCUGGGGGAUUCCAGCGAGGCGGUGGCAGGGGGGGCUAUGGAGGUGGCUACUUUGGGCAAGGAAGAGGAGGAGGUGGUUAUUAAAACUUGGUUAUGUCAAUGCCUGUUCAUAGACAGUUUUUGGAAAAAAAAGCAUGCUGUGUGUUUUCCCAAGAUGUUUAUUAUUUGCACCCAAAAAAAAUAAAUAAACGCAUUUUCCACCCAUUCUGUGGUUCAUUAUAGUUUAAGGAAACCAAGCAUAUAGACACAUUAGUGAUUUUUGUUUAUAUUAUGUAAAAUAUAAUGAUCUAUUAUAAAAGUACUACAGUUUGUAUUUUUUCUUUAAGGAGUAAAGAUUUGCCUUCUAAAUUAACUUGAUAUUUUCUUGGCUUUUGUUUAAUACAAUAGAAAAUAAAGUAUUACACUGAAUACUGAC